AUGAGGACAGCCGUGCUUUUCUGGAACGAGGAGCCGAGUGAGGUGUCCAGCACCUGGGGCAAGAAGACUGACUGCUAUGUGUCACUUGGGGCUGUGCUUUCACAGACAUUCUGGCGCCACCUGUGGAACAUCGCUGAGGACACACAAGAAACCGGAAUGAGGAAAGGCAAUAGCACCAAAAUGUGGCCCCUGACAUAUGAGCAACUUCUCUACACAGAGGACCGCGAUUUUGCAGUGAGACUUGGAUUUGGAGGGGAUUCUCCAGUGCCAGUGGGAAUAGACACCCAGAUUAAAAGCACUGACAGCAUUUCAGAAGUUAACAUGGGCUUUACAGUGACUUUUUAUCUCAGGCAUUACUGGAAGGAUGAAAGGCUCUCCUUUCCAAGCAUGCCUUUUGAUCAUAGAUUGAUCAAAAAGAUUUGGGUGUGUGACAUCUUUUUUGUCCAUUCUAAAAGAUACUGCAUCCCUAAGAGGACCGUGGGGAACACCAUGCUGCGCAUACACCCUCGUGGAAACGUCCUCUUUAGUCUCAGGAUAACCAUUUAUGCCAUUUGCUUUCUGGAUGUCAGCAGGUUUCCCCUUGACACUCAGAACUAUGCCUACAAUGAAGAAGAUAUCAUGCUAUACUGGAAACAUGGAGACAGGUCCUUAAAUACUGAUGAGCAUGUUUCUCUUUCUCUGUUCUCCUUUGAGGAGUUCAGGGAAUCCAGUGGAUUCGUCUACCACCUCAGCAGGGGCUGGCUGGGAUGAUGCAAUUGGCUUUUCAUUAGCUUUGUGCUAAGAAGGCAUAUUUUUUUUGUGCUGCAAACCUAUUUCCCAGCUAUGUUGAUGGUAAUACUUUGGUGGGUUUCAUUUUGGAUUGACCCAAGAGCUGUUCUGCCAGAGAAGGUGUCGGCAGGAAUCACCACGGUGCUGACCAUGUCCACGAUCAGCUCUGGCAUGAGAGCCUCCCUGCCCCAGGCGCCCCACAUCGAGGCCGUGGAUGUGUCCCUGUGGCGGUCCCUCUCUGUGUCCCUGUCAGUCAUUGAGUGUGUAGCCAGGAACUACCCAGUGGAAGAACAGAAACAAUUCUGGAAGUCAUGGCAGAUUUCUGGGAUGUACAAUAUUGAUGCAGUUCAAGCUAUGGCCUUUGAUGGUUGUUACUGUGACAGUGAGACUGACAGGGACCAGACUUCCUUUUCUCUCCACUCAGAAGAAGACUCCAUUGGAAGAAGAGUCACAGGCAGCCUCGGUGCAGAUUCACCUCCGAUGAAGGAAAGAAAAUCCCUCAGAGGGCACGUUGGUAGAAUCAUUCUGAACAACCAUGUCACUGACACCUAGUCCAGGAUUUUAUUCCCCACUGCGUAUAUUAUAUUUAAUUGGUUUUACUGGGGAAUAUAUGUAUGA